AUGGUUUCUAAAAAAGAUUUACCAAACAAAAUAGGUUUAAAAAAAGAAAAAGCAGUCAAGACAUUUAAAUUAUCAAAAAAAAUAAACAGAAAUCUAUUUGAUAAAAAAGAAACAAGUAGUAACGAAAUUCAUACUUACGCUAUUCGCUUGAAAAAAGGUGCCAAAAUAAUACAAAGUUUAGAAGAAUUUGUUCAAGGAUUUGAAAGCGAAAUUGGUUUUGCUGAAUUCUCCAUGAUUGGUUCAGUAGAAGAUAUCCAUGUAGCUUUUUCCCUUGGUCACGGAAAGGGAAAAGAAGGCUAUCAUCCUGUUUCAUUACCUGAAUCAACAGGCACUUUGGCAAAAGCAGAAAAAAUUUCUCCAGGACAAAUGGAGUUAUUACCAACAAACUAUGAAAAUCUUCAGGUCUUUGGUGGGCAUUUAAAAGAGGCCACAGUCGCAAUCACUGCUGAAAUAAUUCUCAAAGUUUUAAGCAAAGAAAAAGUAUUCAAAAAGAAAGACGAAGAAAAUACUAAA